UCUCACUGAUCUCCUGAUUCCAGCUCUCCAUCUCCUUCUUCGGCAUCACUCUCGAAGAUUGUAUCAUCAAGCCUCACAAAGACACAAUCGAACCUCAUGAUGAGUUUUCUUCUGCCACGGCUAUCACAAUUUCCUUCUCAGGACGUUUUCCUCCUCAGUCUUGACUGCUCUCGUCUAGCUUGAUUGAUGUGCUGGCAAGGAGGGCAUACAAAAGCGCAGCGGAACUGAACUACCCGGUGACUACAGGACUGAUCUGCACAAAUCUAGCCAGAAUUCAUUAAUCCAUACUCUCGGGCUUGGGGGACUGAAUUACCGACCUCCCGAUCGUCCGUGGGAUGGGAGUGGUGGGUUGUCGGUGAUGCCCCUGAUGGUUGUCAAUCUGGCAGAGUAGCGUCACUCAUUUACCCUGUUUGGAGCAUUGCGUUCUCUCUGGGUUACCUCGAGCUGAGACAUGCAUGGACUAAAGCACUUUAUCACGCUUUUUUUUUUUGGGGGGGGGGGCUGUCCGCAUGGCCAACUAUGGUUGAGUGUUUGGCUUCGGUCGGAGAGUAGCUACUCCUAGCACUGGAGCUACGGACGGCAUCGCGCACCAACGAACAUCAGAGGAAGAACUUCAGUCGGUACAGAUUCUGUUCUUCUUCUUACAGGCGAUGUUUAGAUGGGUUUGGCAAUCUGUUACAUCUCGUUACACCCAUUGAGUUCAAGCUUACCCAGGAUAAGGUUCACGCACAGUUCCAUCCCACAUAUCCGGGGCAUUUGGAUCAACAGCUCUAACAAAUGGCAUCACUAUCGCGUGGUAUUUACCAUCCCGCUGAGACAGCCUUACAUUCAAAAAGUCAUAGUGCGGAAUUACUCCAUCCGUAAGGCAAUGAACAUCAGCCUUGACCCAUUAGCUUGGGCGAGCUCAGCUACCCCUGACACAAAUCCCCGGCAGUUGGAAAUACCGGUGGGGGUAGACAGACCAAACAUCUCCUUUGGGAAAUGACUUAUACGUUUAUUCUCUCACUAGACUAGAUCUGUGACAGAUCUUCAAGGUGCUUUGACUGUCUGGGAAGACGUCUUGUUAGUCUGGAUUGCGAGUAUGAUCCUUGUGAGGCUGCGAGCAUCCACGCCGAGGGGCCGCGGCGAGCCAUACCGAGCUGCGACAUCCAGAGACUACAGAAUAAACAAUAUGCUAAAGUACCCUACCCUUAAUACGUAUCCUUAACAAUACAAUUCGCUACCAAGGAAAUGCGCUCGUAAGAAGUCGUUGGGCCUGAGAUCAUGGAACAUGCGGAGCGGCAAUGCAACACUAUGAAUUACCAUAAAUGUAUGCUUAUAGCGUGGGGCCCUGGUUCGUCCAAACCCACGUUGAGCCGCACUAAAAUCCGGCGGAUCGAUGGCGUUAAAUCCACUAAUUAUGUCGUCAACCCCAGAUCUACAUUAAUCCUUGCCCGCCAUCGCGCUUAUAUCCGUCUUGGCAGGCGGAGUGUCGAUCAUCAGUACCGCUCUUAGCUGUGAUGGGUGUGUGCGGUAGAAGGUUACAUUUAACCAAGAUCAAGGCAUUAACCCGAUGCAACUGAAUUGUUGAGAGGGAAGACUCCUGUAGAGUCCAUCAAUUCCAGUAUCAGUUCCCGUAGUUAUAAGAAUUAAUUGUACAUUCAGGCAAGAUUUUUGAACUGACUAAUUAUUGGCAUAUUGCAACGAUUAUCCGAUGUCUUGUGUCUUCAAAAUGGUCGUGUUCAGGGUAAGCAAACGCCAUCCACCCUCAGAAUUCGUACUGCAAUUUCCUUGAUAGCUUCAUGCAGCUAUGCCGAUCAUU